UUGUAGUUGCGCUCAUACUAGGUAAUAUACUAGACACGUGACCAGAAUAGGAAGUCGCCAACGCCAAUGUUGUAGCAGCUCCAAGCGAAGAGUGAAGCUAAUCGGAAGUGAGUUGCCCAACUGACACAGUUUUAAAAUGGACACUCGGUUCACAAGAGGAAAGUCAAAUAUCCUUGAACGUCCUUUAACCCGUCCCAAGACUGAAGUCAGUGUGAGUGCCUUUGCGCUGCUCUUCUCUGAGAUGGUUCAGUACUGCCAGAGCCGUGUGUACUCUGUGUCCGAGCUGCAGCAGCGCUUGUCAGACAUGGGUCAGGGCGUUGGUGCCAGUUUGCUGGACGUCCUAGUGCUAAGGGAGAAGAAUGGGAAGAGGGAGACCAAGGUGCUGAACAUACUGCUGUUUGUUAAGGUGUCAGUGUGGAAAGCCCUGUUCGGUAAAGAGGCAGACAAGCUAGAACAGGCCAACGAUGACGAUAAGACCUACUACAUCAUAGAAAAGGAGCCUCUGAUCAAUGCUUACAUCUCUGUACCCAAGGAGAACAGCACACUGAAUUGUGCUGCGUUCACUGCUGGCGUUGUGGAGGCCAUUCUCACACACAGUGGCUUUCCUGCCAAGGUCACAGCCCACUGGCACAAGGGCACCACGCUCAUGAUCAAGUUUGAUGAAGCUGUGAUAGCCAGAGACAAGGCCCUGGAUGGCAGAUAGGGGACACGGGAGAGUGUUGUCGUGCACAUGAUGGAAAAGAACAUGAAGAUAAUGUUUAACAUUAUCACUUUUUUUAGGUCUCCAUGGCUGAGUUUGCACAGGCAGACCGGUUCAAACUUUUUUUUUUCCCCACUGUUUUGUUUUUGACCAGUCACAUUUAAUUUUUUGGUGAUCAACAAUUUAGUGAGGGGGGAAAAAAACUGAACAGAAUGUAAACAUAGUCCAUUUGCUCUAGUUACUGUAGGUAAUGGAUCUGUUGUUUGUGAUGUGGACUAAGUGCUCUGUAGACUUGACUUAUUGUGUUUUCUGUGUGAAUAUACUGUACAUUGAGCAGUAGGACAUAGUUAUUUAAAUGUUAUGAGGAGUGACCAAAAUGUGAAUUAGAUUUUUUCCCUGUAGUUUUUAUCAAAAAAGCAAACAAAAGACUGAUCCACAGCUUUUAUUUAUUUGGGACAAGGAGGGUCUAUUUAAGACAUCUUGUCAGUCCUUCACAUUAUAUGAUCCCAUGUAAUUCAAUUCAGUUUUUUCUUUCUUUCUGCAGUCUAAACAAGCAGAUACCACAUAAUGUAAUCAUUCUAACCAUACCUGCUUUUAAAUCAGAUACAAAUCUGAUUGUUGGGCAUGAGGUUUGUUUUUGAACUGUCAGAAGUAUUUGCCGUCUUGCAUUAUAUCCAGUCUGGCUGCUUGGUAGCUACUCUGUUCAGUUUAACAAAAACACUUGGCAGCUAACUUUAUAAACAACUUAGUGAGUGUGCGAGCAAAACAAACAACUAGCUAGCCAUUAUAAUGUUAAACAUUCGGCGCAACUGGGAAUGAUUCAUGGCAGGCAUUGUCUCCUGAGCUUGGUUCAUACUGCGCCUUCUCCGUCUGUGGAAGCCGAACUAUUAGACAACAUCACUGCACAUCCUCUUAAUAUUCUAACAAAGCAUGACUCCAUCAAUAGCUAACGGCUGUUUGAUCACACAUGAUUUGGUCGCAUGUAGCUCAGUAUUUAUAUGGUCUGUAAAGAACAAGCAAUAUGGGAGCUCCCACAAUGGCAUUCGGAUUUCGUCCAAACCCAAUGUCUUUUCAAUAGUUGUAUGUUGACAGAGGGUCAAUGGCUUGUCCCUUUCCAUGAAUUUCCAUUCGGUUUUAAAGACAAGAACCAUCUGCUGAGUUGAACUAUGAGGAAGAUGGGCACAUUAUCCAGUUAUCACACUCCAUCCAUGCAUGUGACAGUGGAUCAACAUUUUCUGGUGUGGGUGUUUCUGUUGUGAAUAAAGCUUGAGAUUGUUCUCAAAGAUUGUGACGGAUGUGAAUGUCAUAUAUUUAGUUUUUGGUAUUUUGACAUUUCUGGUCUCAUGAAUGACCAAUGCUUUGAAGAUUAGGCUACUGUAUUUGCUGCUACCGUUGUAUUCUGUUAUACAAUAUUUUAUGUUGUUAUCAUACAUGUGAAGGUUGUCGGUGGUCAUACAGAGAGCAUGGUUUUGGCCAUAUCCUAAUUUUGAAGUGUAGAUUAAUUCCUUACCUUUACAAUCCUGGUUUACAACGUUAUUUCAUAUGUUAAUUGUUUUCAAAUGUGCUAUGGUUUUAAAUGCCGGUAUGUAUCUGUCUAGCAAUCGAUAUUAAAAUACAUUCCUAAGAACA